AUAAUGGGCGAGCAGAAACUGCUAGAAUUUAACCUACAGUACGCAGUGUUAUGUUCAUUAAUCCCGCCGAAUACUAGUAAUACAUGGAUUAAAUUAUUCAGUAAUUUUGGCAAAUAUGCCUACCUCUGUGUACUCUACAUGGUAUUGUUACCAUUUCUCUACGAACUCUACUUAGCCGAAAAUUUAAAGAUAACAGACUAUUCACUUACCAUUAUGAAUGCGGGUUGUUAUAUCUGCUCUAUUUCAACACUACACUUUUUCAUACGAAAUGGACGAAAUGGAAGAAAUUUAGUAGAGCAUCUGAACAAAGCGUUUAAAUACAGGACAAACAGCGACAUCGUUCAAAUUGGGAUGAGGGAGGAAAAUCAACGUACGAAAAAUAUCACACAAGCGUUUUUGUCAUUGCUUACGGUUGGUGUGUUGAGCAUGACUGCUAUUCCGAUUUUAAUGAAGGGAAGAAUGUUACCAUUACCUGGAGUAUACCCUGGAGUAGAUACUAAAAACAAUACGCUUCAUUAUAUUGGAAUAUACACACUUCAAGCUAUGGGGCAAAUGAUCGUGGGACAAAUAACUUCAGCUUCGGAUACUCUAUUCAUAACCACGGUGUUAAUGACUAGCCAACAAUUGUUGGUGUUCGGUGCCGACAUAUGCAAUUGCCUAUACGACGCUUUGCUACAGCACGGUGUAAAUAAGGAGAAAGUACUACAAUUCAGAGAAAUGAUGCAUGAUGCAAGAUGGUCGGAGGAUACCGAAGAGCGUAUCAACAAAGAUCGCAUUAUGACAACAAUACGUUCCGAGGAUUUUAAAGUAAGAGUAUUACACCUUCUGACUAAAUACAUUAAACACCAUCAAGAAAUCCUGGAAUUUUGUAAGGUCAUGGAUGGCUAUUUCUUGCCACUCCUAUUCAUGAAAAUGUGCCUAUCCAUGUUUUACCAUGUUUUCAUGCCAUUUUCAAUGCUUCAUAGCAAACAAUUAGGAUUAACGCUUAUCUUGGCUCAAUAUGAAACAUGCGCGAUUACCGAACUGCUUGUAUUUGCCCUGGCCGGACAAACACUAAUAAAUAAGAGUGAAGAACUUCACCGAAACAUAUUUGAGUCACCGUGGUAUAUGUGUGAUGUUAACUACCAGAAGUAUAUUUUAAUGGUAAUCAUGCGCACGGGACGUACUACUUGUGUUUCUGUGGGAAAAUUGGUUCCAAUGUCUCUGGCACUGUUUCUAUGGAUGAUGAAAACUGCAUUUUCAUACCUCGCUGUCCUACGACAAGUUACAGACUGAUAAUGCAAGCCAUCCAACCGCGGCGCUUUGUUGUACAUUUCCACCAGAUUUUAACUUUCACUUUCACUACACUACGCACAGCAUCUUACUAUAUGGAGCACAUAAUCGUUCAGAUAUUUUUAAACAGCACACAAC